UUCAUGAUGCACAUGUAACUCUUUUAUUAGCACCUGCAACGUCACUAACAACUUAUAGCUAAUUACUUACCUACAAUGUCCUACAUACCUGAGAUACAUACCUGAGAUAGCAUACAUAUUACAUAUCUAGUGCCAUGUCACUCGAAAUAGCUUCGGCUUAACAUCAACAAGAUAUGUCUCCGGACACUUUGGAAAACCGAUUUGCUGAUCUACAAGGCCGUCUCGCCGCUUUGCAAGAUGUGACGAAUCAGCUUAAGGAGCUCAUCGACCGUUUGGCCAAUUUUAAUUUCCAGCCCGGUUCCAUCCCCCUAGCCGCAAACGAAGACGAUAACAUCAGCUCCGAACUUAGCUCUGAAAUCAACCAGAUACUACGAGAUCAGGAGGAGGAACUUGAACUAUUGCUAGAGGAAAUAAUAGAUAUUCGUCCAGCCAAAUCAGGUCGCGACUUGCAACAUGACAAGGACAGGCUUAAAGAUGGCGCAACACGUCUCGGACAAGAAGUACAGAGUUGUCGAAAGGCCUUUAGGAGAGCCCAGAUCGAAGCGAAGCGCAACAUACAAUUAGCCCAGCGACAAGAACGAGAACUCCUCUAUGCCUCCUUCUCGAAUGCCCGAUCCGGUGCAUCUUCUCCUGCACUCCCCGACGCUGCUGCAUCGCUGCCGAGCCGACGCAAACUACCCCGGGCUCGCCCCGAGAUGACAAAGGAAGAGCAGAUGGUCAGCGCAAGCAAUGACGUGACAGAGUCGAUGAGAAGGACCCACGAUCUAAUGGCGGCCGAGCUAUCCAAGAGUGAUUUUGCACAUAACACACUCAAAGAAUCCACCGCGUCAUUAUCGCAACUAUCCGAAAACUACUCAAGUCUAGACGUUAUGCUGUCUAGCUCUCGGGCCCUCCUGGGGACCUUAUUGAAGAGCCAGAAAACCGAUACCUGGUAUCUCCAAUCAGCCUUCUACAUUCUAAUCGUCACCAUUGCAUGGCUGGUAUUCAGACGCCUCCUAUGGGGCCCCACCUGGUGGUUGGUCUGGCUCCCUCUCAAGCUCAUCUUUCGGACCACAGUUGGUGUGUCCAAUACGAUUAUCCAGCGCGGCUCGCAACCAGUCGGUUCUGGGUUUAACCCAACAACUCUACACUCUGCAGCAACUCUAGUCCAAAUGAACAACGAGGGUGUAGAAACAGUCCAGGUCAGGCAUGAAUUAGAAAGGUCACAAGAUCCAACAGAGUCUAUUAUGGAUGAAAUCGGCAAGAUUAUCAAUGAGUCGGAGCCGGUGGACGAACCCCCCAAAGUAGAUGACAUACAGGCGGACCAAAAGGAUGAAACUGUUCUAAGAGAGCGCAAUUAUGAUGAACCUCCUAAUCCAAAGAAAAGGAUGAUGGAAGAGGACGGUGGCGUCGAGCAAGGGGAAAAGGAUGAAAGGCUCAAGGAUGAGCUGUAAAGUCCAAAUAAGACGUAUUAUUAUGCUUCUUCUCCGUCCUUUAUUGUGUCCACUCCAAAAUAGUGACAAGUGUAGUGUUCUGUCUGUUUCGAUAGAUAUUAACUUGACCCCUUAAACUUCCCAUCUAGCUAGAUCGUCCCUUUCAACUUUCCCCCGCGGAUUUUCUCGUGUAAGUAGCGG